AUGUACAUAGGUAUAUACGUACAACAAUACACGCAGGCAGUACACGCAAAUGACGUGGCGAUCAGUAUUUUACGAGAAAUUAUUGAAAUUAGUACAGUAGAAAGGGAAUCGUUACGAAAACGUUUCUUGUCACGAUUAUAUUGCUGCUACUGCUAUCGUCCUUCUGUCCUUUUCUCGUGGCCAAAACGUACUGGCGUUCAGGGCUUCUUCCUCGGGGUUUGUGUUUGUAUUGGUGUUUGGUCAUUUUUACCCAUCAGUUAA